CAAACCGUCCUGACAAUGGAGCCAGUUCAGUCUGCAAGCAUUCAGAGCCCCCCAGAAAUACUACAUGCCACUACAAGACUAUAACAUACAGAGUUAAUGAGAGCCCCUACUACUACUACUUCCAACUUCGGCUUCACUGUAUGUAGAGGCAUCGCUAUUAAAAGACGACACACUCAUAUAAACACUCAUAACAAACAGAAACACGCGCGGUAUUUCAGUUCGUGCUGGGAAGACAUGACAGUUCAGUCCGGGCGGGCGGAGUCACGGACACUCCCCGUUCCGGCCUCCCCCCGCUGUCACGCUCGCACUACCGACUCUCGGAACACCGACACACGGAGACCCAAGGAAGUGGCUGUGAUUUGAAAAACAGUAGACGUGCCAGGAGGAGAACUCUUCAGAGGAACUACAGUACGACUUGCCGGGAGGGGGGGUCGUCGCCAGGAGGGGAUUCCGGGUUAUUUCUGGAGCAUGGACUAGAGCCGGGAGCCGCAGAUGGAAGCGCGGAGAAGUUUUCUGUGGGUCCGACUUCUGCUGCUCGGGGUGGCGGGCGCGCUGGCCAGAGAAGUGUGCCUGGGUACGGACAUGAAGUUGGACCUGCUCUCCAGCCUGGAGAACCACUAUGAGACUCUGCGGCUGCUGUACACCGGCUGUCAGGUCGUCCACGGCAACCUGGAGAUCACCCACCUCCACGGGGUGCCGGACCUCUCCUUCCUCGAGGGCAUCGUGGAGGUCCAGGGUUACGUUCUGGUGGCCGACGUGACGGUGGACCUGAUUCCUCUGGACAACCUGCGUGUGAUCCGGGGGAGCCAGCGCUACGGCGCCAACUACUCCCUGGUGGUUCUGAACAACACCAAGGGCCCCCAAGGGCCCGGGCUCCGGACCCUCCGUAUGCGCAGCCUCACAGAGAUCCUGCUGGGCGGGGUGUAUAUGUGGGGGAACCCCCAGCUGUGUUUCCCGAACCCCCAGAAAAUCCUGUGGAGGGACACGCUGGAUCAGCAGAACACCCACAAACACCAGUUAACCCUGCAGGCCAGCGCCGCAAACUGUCCAAGGUGUAAUUCUGUGUGCCUCGAGAAAUGCUGGGGCGAAACCAUUCAGGACUGUCAGAUUGAAACCCAUGUCGAUUGUACCGCAGGGUGUCUGCGCUGUAAGGGUAAGCAUGCCAGUGACUGCUGCCACAAGCAGUGUGCUGCUGGAUGCACCGGGCCCAAGGACUCUGACUGCCUGGCGUGUCGUUACUUUAACAACAACGGCGUGUGUAAGGAGCACUGCCCGGCCCCGACCACCUACGUGCCGGCCACCUACCAGUCCAUACCCAACAAGGACAAGAAGUUCAGCUUCGGCGCCACCUGCAUCAAGACUUGCCCCCAUAACUACCUGACCAUGGAGGCGGCGUGCACCAUGGUGUGUCCCAAGGCCAACCAGGAGAUGAUCAUCCUCAACGCCGACGGCUCGGAGAGUCAGAAGUGCGAGAAGUGCGAGGGAGAAUGUCCCAAAGUGUGCUAUGGCCUGGGGAUGGGUAGCCUCCAGGGCGUUACCAUGGUAACAUCCUCAAAUGUGGAGCAAUUCAACAGCUGCAAGAAGAUCUUCGGAAGCCUGGCCUUCCUCUCCCAGAGCUUUACAGGAGACCCGAGCAGCAACGCGUCAGGUCUGACCCUGGACCAGCUCACACCGUUCCACAACCUAGAGGAGAUCACUGGCUACCUGUACAUUGAGGCGUGGCCGGAGGAAUGGAGCGACAUCAGCGUGUUUAAAAACCUGCAGGUCAUCAGGGGAAGGGUGCUCUUCAAGGGGGUGUUCUCCCUGGUUCUCCAGGACCUCAACAUCACCUCGGUGGGCUCGCGGUCUCUCCGUAGUGUGAGCGGGGGUCUGGUUCUCAUCCACAACAACAGCCGGCUGUGCUACACGUCCUCCCUGCCCUGGGACACGCUGCUGCACCCCAGCCAGGGGCCCACCCGCAUCCUCAACCUCAACCAGGACCCCCGUGUCUGUGAGGAGCAGGGACACGUGUGCCACCCCCUCUGUAAGGGGGGCUGCUGGGGCCCGGGGCCCCAGCAGUGUGUCUCCUGCAGCGCCUUCGAGAGGGGCCUCGAGUGUGUGGAGCGGUGUGACCUCUACCAGGGGCCUACGCGCGAGUACGAAAAGGAUAAGGUGUGCGGUGCCUGUCACUCAGAAUGUCGACCAAUCAACGGCUCCGAGUCAUGCUAUGGCCCGGGUGCGGACCAGUGCAGGGAGUGUUUGAACUUCCAGGACGGGGGUGUGUGUGUGGAGCGCUGCCCCAGCGGGGUGAAGGAGGAGCAGCACACCGUCUGGAAGUACAGCAACGCCUCGGGGCACUGCCUGCCCUGUCUGACCAACUGCAGCCUCUCGUGUACGCUGAUGGACGAGCGCGGGUGUCCUGUCCCCACCAACACCGGUCCAGGGACAACCAUCGCGGCGGCCCUGGGCGGGGUGGUCCUCUUCCUCAUCCUGCUGGCGCUGCUGGUCUUCUACCUUCGACGCCAGCAGAAGCUCCGCAGGAAGGCCACCAUGCGGCGCCUUCUGCAGGAGCACGAGCUUGUGGAGCCUCUGACUCCCAGCGGCGCGCUGCCCAACCAGGCUCAGAUGCGCAUCCUUAAAGAGACGGAGCUCAAGAAGGUCCGAGUGCUCGGGUCUGGGGCGUUCGGCACUGUGUACAAGGGUGUGUGGGCUCCAGACGGAGAGAGUGUGAAGAUCCCCGUGGCCAUCAAGGUGUUGAGGGAGAACACGUCCACCAAGGCCAACAAGGAGAUCUUGGACGAGGCGUACGUGAUGGCGGGCGUGGCCAGCCCCUACGUGUGUCGUCUGCUGGGGAUCUGCCUGACCUCCACGGUGCAGCUGGUCACCCAGCUCAUGCCCUAUGGCUGCCUGCUGGACUACGUGCGCGAGAACAAGGACCGCAUCGGCUCCCAGUUCCUCCUCAACUGGUGUGUCCAGAUCGCCAAGGGUAUGAGCUACCUUGAGGAGGUGCGUCUGGUUCACAGGGACCUGGCGGCCAGGAAUGUUCUGGUGAAGAACCCCAACCAUGUGAAGAUCACAGACUUUGGCCUCGCCAGACUGCUGGACAUCGAUGAGACAGAGUACCAGGCAGACGGAGGGAAGGUGCCAAUCAAAUGGAUGGCCCUGGAGUCAAUCCUUCACAGGAAGUUCACCCACCAGAGUGACGUGUGGAGCUAUGGCGUCACGGUGUGGGAGCUGAUGACGUUCGGGGCCAAGCCCUACGACCUCAUCCCAGCGCGGGACAUCCCGGACCUGCUGGAGGGGGGCGAGCGGCUCCCCCAGCCCCUCAUCUGCACCAUCGAGGUCUACAUGAUCAUGGUCAAAUGUUGGAUGAUCGACCCAGACAGCAGGCCGCGGUUCCGAGAGCUGGUCAACGAGUUCAGCCUCAUGGCUCGCGACCCGCCCCGCUAUGUGGUCAUACAGAACGAGGACCAGAGGAGCCUCACCUUCCCGGUGGACAGCCAGUUCUUCCGGAGGCUGCUGGAGGAGGAGGGCCCGGACAUGAAGGACCUCCUGGACGCGGAGGAGUACCUGAUCCCCCAGCCCAACAUGUUCCCCCGCACCCAGGGGGACGGGGUGUCCACCGCCGGACACUCCAGGCACCACUCCUACCGGAGUACAGACCAGGGCCUGGACGGGGAGCCCCCUAUUGGCAGCGCCUGCACCAUGUACUCCUCCAUGAGUACCCUGGGUCGGGGCCAGUACCCCACCCUGCCACUAGGGGCCAGCCCCUCCAACGGCGGCUGGAGCUCCCAGUACCCCACGCUGGCGCGCAGCCCCUCCUCCGGAGACCCCUGUGACUCCGUCUUCCUGGACGACGCCACGGGGACGCCGGCCAGUCCCGGGCGCUACCGUCAAUGCGACGGCGGCUGCCACGACGACCUGAUGGAGACGGACGGCCCGCCCGGCGCCCAUCCCCCACCUCAGCAUCACCAUCACCAACCUCAUCACCUCCAUCACUCGCUGCCCCGGCGGCAACAGGGGCACCACCAGAGCCACGCCAGCCCAGAGUACGUCAACCAGGAGGCCCGUGAGGUGCGGCCGGCGGUCCCGGACCGGCCCAGCACGCUGCCCCGUAAGACCCGCCGCUCGGAGCCCCGCCACCUGCCCAACGGCCUGGGCCCCAACGGCCUGGGCCCCGGGCACAGCGUGGAGAACCCCGAGUACCUGGUCCCCCUGGGGCCCCCCGCGGCCCCCAGCUCCCCCGCCUUCGACAACCCCUACUACCUGGACCUUCUGGCCGGAGUAGAGGGGACUGGGGUCAGGGGGGAGGGAGGGGGCGGGGUCAGGGCGGGGGAGAGGCAGCUGAACGGCUACGCCACGCCCACAGUGGAGAACCCUGAGUACCUGGGCCUGGCCGACACCUGGACCGGACACACCUGAUGAGGGGGUCGGCGGGGUGAACCGCGGGUGAAAAUGUGAAAUUUGGUAGUGUGUGUGCGUGUGUGCGUGUGUGCGUGUGUGUGUGUGUGGAGUUAUUGUCAGCCAAUAGAAAAGCAUUCACAGAGGACAAGUAACACUAAAAAGAUCAAAUUCCUGCUACCAAUCAAGAGUUUUUUUGAGGGGUGAUUUGACCUCCUGACUCAAAGAUCUAUCGACGUUUACAGCCUCUAGCAGCUCAAGGGUCGCGCUUGCGUCCGGUCGCCGCGGCAACGGUUCUCAUGAAUAACUGGUGGAGUAAUGUGUCACUGGAGGUGUUUUCAUUGUCUUUCUAACAAUCCCUAUGAUUAUGUUUUUGUAUCCGUGCGAUGUGAUUGGGUUGAGCCCUGUUGCCUCCUCAGCCAAUCAGAGUGAUUUGAGGGGUCCGCAAGCCGUGAGCAGAAUAACGAUGAUGUCGCCCUCUUGGCUCAAAGGAACUUUGUCUCAGCAGAAAAAAAGGACCCUGGGGCCCAUCUGCGCCAUGGGAGAACACACAGACUUGUGUGUUCUGUGUGUGCGUGUGUGCACUUGUGCGUGUUUGUAAUUUGAACGAGGGCUUUACAUGGUAAAAUACUUGAUAGAGAUGCCUCACUCACAUAUGAGCACCCUGAUGCAGAACUCUAGCUAGCCUGAUAACACCCUAGCUAGCAUUUUGGCACCUUGAUGGGGAGAUAGUAGGAUGGCAAGCUCGCAUUAUGGAAUCCUAGCUAGCAUGAUGGCAGCCUAUCUAUUAUGAUGGAAUGCAGGCAGAAUACAUGUGGAUAGACUCAGAAAUACAGGGCCUACUUUGAGGCUAGUCAGUAGUUUACUAGAGAGUUUACCCACGGUACGAACACACCGGAAAUGAGAGUUUCAUUGUGGAUGUGUAGACCCAGCCCCUCGCACUCAAACUACACCCAUCAUACACCAGCCACGCCCCCUCAUACACAAUCCACGUCCCACCGCUAGGAGUCACGUGACUCUGAAGCCCUGACUGGUGUCUGAUAUCCAUUUAUACAAAACCCUAUUUUGUACGUUUUCUGUGACUUAUUAUCGUGUUUGAAGGUUUAUCUUUGUGUGUGAAUAUUUUUUUAUGUUUUAAGGUUUGAUUGUACGAAAUAAAGUGUAAAAAGGUUAGCAAGUAAUUUGAUUAAACAUUGACUCUUGUGGAAAAAGUAAAUACAUAAGAAACAAUUUUAUGAAGAAAAUAUGUAUAAAUUGUGAUGUUUCUAUUCUUUGUAUGCAUUACAUUUACUUUUUAAAUACAAGGGAAAGUUUGCAAUGGUUAUUUCUGGGUCUUCUUGUGCGACAACUAUGGAAAUGUUCUGAAAUCAGAAGGGCCUUUUCUGCCAUCUUCUGGUAGUUAUAGGAAAUACAAAUAAGAAACGUUGGGGUAUUAUGUUCGAGACUGUUGGUGGGUAUAAGGUUAAGGUGUCAGGAACAGCCAACUGUAUAUCUUUAGCCUAGGCCUACAUAAUAUUUUGUAAAUGGAAGGAAAUUAUUUUAUGUAUUUUAAUAUCUAGAUUUCUUAGUCCACCUGACCCUAUCCAUUUUGUAACCAUUUUCUACAUUUGAAAUUCUGUUGGUGUUGUAUUCAAUAGGCCUCUUUAGACACGUGUAUUGACACAUUUUAAAUGUCAGAGGGCACUGAGGGUACUUUCGGAUUCAUAGGAAACAAUCUUCACUAUAGAUCUUAUAGUUUAAUGUUGAAUAAUAAAUGUUAUUAACCUGGCCUCUUAUACUCUAUACCAGCAUUCCUUGUGUAUGUGUACUGUUCCUACAUUUCUGGUUUUCAUUCAAAAGCUUUAUACAAGAGCAAAGGCACUGACAAGUGACAAUUGAUUCCAACUGUGCAAUUAUAACACGGUGUGCUAAAACAGUUGACCUGAAGUGUUAGUUUCAACUUAAAGCGAUGCGAGCACAAUAUUUUAGCACAUACGUUUUCGGGAUAUUCUACUUGAGAAUAAGAUGAUCCUGAACACAAUCACUGCCCGACCACCACCAAAGCCCCUAGAUGUACUUUCAUAUAAAUGACUGCUUUCCCCUAUUUAUUGUUUUAGGCCUAUAUAAAAAGGGCUUCUCAACCAUGACCCCAUAAUAACCCCUAACCCA